AAUUGGACAUUGCAUUACAUACUGUUCGUGUCGAGCCAUUACCAUCUUUGUCUCUCCCUCUCCCUAAAUUAAACCUUUUUCCUCAGAAUUUCAAGGGUUGGGAACCUCGCCUUCAUUCGAUCCUCUUUGCCAAAAUCUAUCUCUCCUCCUCCUCCCCCUCCCCGACAGCAUUGCAUCGCCUGGGUAUUCCGACCGGCAUUGCUCCCGCAUGACCCAGGUUCCAUUUUGAUUUCCCUUUGUCCGGUUCUCUGCACCAUUCCCAUCUUGUUCGAGGGUGACGGUGUGGCACGAUUCGCGCGGUGUGCAAUGUUCCGCAUUUGAUCGCCAUCUUGUUCGAAACCACCUGAGUUUUCCGAGAAGGAAGGACGACGGAGGCACAGAGAGGUUGGGUGGGGGAAGAGAACCGGAACGUGCUCGCCUCAAGCCGGAGUCGCGCGGGGCUGUGAUUCUGAACAGCCGCGGGAAAGGGAACGAGUUCCUCGAGAUCAUGAGGCGAUCUGUUUUGGUUAAAAUGGACUGAAGAAACCGUCAAAUUCUGGCACAAAAAAAAAAGAGAGAGGAAAGGGCAUCAUGUCUAUCUCAGGAGCGCCCGGUCCUUCAAAUUCGACCUCCGCCCCAUUUAACUUAACUUCAACCCAAGACGGUUCCACUCCCGUCUCUCCGCCGUCGCCACUGACCUCCUCCUCCCCUGCAUCUGCCAAUGACUCCAACGGGUCAUUGUCGGUUGCAGCGCCGCCGCCCAGUUCGACUUCCCCACCCGCUGUGCCACCGCCGUCUCCGCCGCCGCCUAGUUCCAACUCAUCCGCCUCCUCGCCUCCUUCCAAUGCGAGCGUUUCACCUCCUAGUCCCCCACCACCAUCGAGUUCCCCACCAAAGCCCUCGGCACCUCCCCAAACAACACCGCCUCCUAAAGCUUCCCCGCCACCAGCACCUACGUCUAAUUUGGGUUCCUCACCACCUUCUCCGCCACCCCCACCUCCAACAUCUCCGCCUCCCUCCCCUCAGCAAUCUUCGACUCCGUCCGGAUCACCUCCAACCUCUGACCAGCUUUCACCUCCUCCGCCUCCCGCACCGGUGAGUGGCACAGGUGCAGUUCCAGUACCAGCUAUCAGUCCCCCUCUGCCGACUUCCAGUAUCGGACUGUCUCCACCAAUAGCAUCUAAUUCCCCUCCACCGGUUCCUUCAGCUAGCGGGUCGCCACCCACAACACCGACCAGUUCGACCCCCACAAGAACAUCCGGGUCAACUCCUCCAUCUCAAACAUCUAGUAGACUUCCGAGUUCCACCAGCAAUUCCAGUUCAGGAGGAUCAAGCACAUCCUCUGGAAGCACUACCACUGCUGUCGGCGUGGCUGUUGGCGGAGUUUUUGUCAUCGCACUUGUCGCUUUGGUUUUCUUAGUUACCAGGCGGAGAAAGAGAAAAGAGGGCGCUUUUGCCUCGCAGUAUGUCCCGCCCACUAGCUUCUCAAUGCAAUCAGAUAAAUAUUACUAUGGGCAGCAAGCGCAUAUGAAGGGUGUAACAGGCCAAUCAGGUCCCUACUAUGCAUCGCAAGCCCAGAAUUCAUCUAUCGAAAAUGGCUACGGGAGUCAGAAGGGAGGGAACAUGUACCACGGAGGUGGACCAGACUCCGGUGUAAUAGCAAGUUCCAAGAGCUUCUUCACUUAUGAAGAAUUGAUGGAAAUAACCAAUGGAUUUUCUCGUCAAAACAUCAUUGGCGAGGGUGGCUUUGGGUGCGUUUACAAGGGUUGGCUGCCGGAUGGGAAAGUAGUUGCUGUCAAGCAGCUCAAGGCAGGCAGUGGCCAGGGGGACAGGGAAUUCAGGGCUGAAGUAGAGAUUAUCAGUAGGGUUCAUCAUCGGCAUUUGGUGUCUUUGGUGGGCUAUUCCAUUGCCGAGAACCAGAGGUUGCUUAUAUACGAAUUCGUCCCCAACCAAACUCUUGAGCACCAUUUGCACGAGAAAGGAUUGCCAGCUCUGGAAUGGACCAAAAGAGUCAAGAUCGCCCUCGGCUCUGCAAAGGGUCUGGCAUACCUACACGAAGAUUGCCAUCUAAAGAUUAUCCACCGAGACAUUAAGUCAGCAAACAUUCUGUUGGAUGAUGCCUUUGAAGCACAGGUAGCAGAUUUUGGACUUGCCAAACUAACGAACGACGCUAAUACUCAUGUAUCCACAAGAGUCAUGGGGACAUUUGGGUACCUGGCACCGGAGUAUGCAUCUAGCGGGAAACUGACUGAUAGAUCAGAUGUUUUCUCCUUUGGGGUUGUGCUUUUAGAGCUCAUCACUGGCCGUAAACCUGUUGAUGCAACUCAGCCUUUGGGUGAUGAAAGUUUGGUUGAGUGGGCUCGUCCGUUGCUAAUCCGAGCCCUUGAAACUGGGGACUUGAGCGAGGUAGUGGAUCCCCGGCUAGAGAAGUGUUAUGUGGAGGGUGAAAUGCUCAGAAUGAUUGAGGCAGCCGCAGCUUGUACACGCCAUUCUGCUGCAAAGAGGCCUCGCAUGGUUCAGGUUGUAAGAGCACUCGACACUGAUGGCGAUAUGUCUGAUCUGACAAACGGGGUGAAAUAUGGUCAGAGCACCAUGUAUGAUUCAGGCCAGUAUAAUGAAGACAUAAUGAGAUUCAGAAGGAUGGCUCUUGGCAGCGGCAAUAGCUCGGACUAUGGACCAUACAGUGGAGAUUACAGCUCUAGAGAGGUUUCUGGGGAUCAAAAGAUUCCGUGGAAGUCUCAGGACAGUUCGAGCGACUUCACGAGUGGUGAAUCUGAGACUCGAGCUAUGAACCCACUACACUCAGGGAAGCGAUUUCCUGGGGCCCCAGGGAGUCAUGGCGUGCGCAGGUUUGGUUGAAGGCGACAAGACCCUGCACAUGUGUGCUUAUGAGCUCCUUCCCUCUGUGCAUAGCGAACAUACGGCAGCAGGGGAAGGCCUCAGCUGAAUGUAAGGCCUCUGCUCGGUAUUCGCGUGAGAUCAUCGACCAGGACACCAGUGUGUGAUGUGUUGUUUCAUUUUGUUUCCCCCGAAUGACUGGCAGCGUCGGUCGGGGCACGGGAAACACGUAGGCUGUGAGUCGGAUUCAAGAGACCCUUUGCGAGUCACGAAAGAAGCAUGUACAAUACGAGGAGUUCAUCAUGUUAAUCCAAGGGUACAUUCGCCACAAUAAGCUAUUGAGAGAGACCCCAUUGUGAUUUUUUCGUAAGCGGGUGUCUGGUUAUAGUUACAGAGCAAGUUCUGGGAUUGUGGCCUUGUCUUGAUUUAACUCGACGUUCAAAGAGGACGUUUUCCAAUUUUGCUUAUUAGUCACAUAACAUGGAAAUGAGAAGCUCUGAUCCCAAAUUCACUAUUCAGAGCCUCUCUUUCAAACGAGUG